AAAAGCCAAUAAAAAAAUUCUCCUCCUCUCCAGUUCAGAACAAGAUCUAUUGUGCAUUUCUCCUAGGCAUGUUUUGACAUCCAGAAGGGGGUGAAAAUAGUUAUAGUUAAUGUGCAACAGGAAUCUGGAUUUCAGACACAGACUUGUACCUUUCCAUUGAUCCUGCUGACAUGCUGCAAGCUAAAUAUUAAACAUUUUUUGAUCAAUUGAAGUCCAGCCUGGGGAGAAGAAACAGUUAAAAAAAUGUCUCAAUUUUACUUGCAAUCAGCUAAUCAGACUUUGUGUGCAUCUGUGGAUGGUACAGAACUGAAAUCAAGCUCUGAUAAUGAAACCACAAAUGAAAAGUGGACCGAAGACGCCUUUCCAGGAUUAGAAAUACUGUGCACAAUUUAUGUUACAUAUGCUGUGAUCAUUUCUGUGGGUCUCCUUGGAAAUGCAACACUCAUCAAAGUUUUUUUCAGGAUUAAAUCAAUGCAGACGGUUCCCAACAUCUUCAUCACCAGCCUGGCAUUCGGAGACCUGCUGCUUUUGUUAACAUGUGUGCCUAUAGAUGCAACACGUUACAUUGUGGAUACCUGGCUUUUUGGAAGAAUUGGGUGCAAGCUGUUGUCUUUUAUCCAGUUAACAUCAGUUGGAGUAUCAGUGUUUACCCUGACUGUUCUCAGUGCUGACAGGUACAGAGCCAUUGUUAAACCCUUGGAACUGCAGACUUCAGAUGCACUCCUGAAGACCUGCUGUAAAGCCGGCUGUGUUUGGAUUGUCUCCAUGAUAUUUGCUAUCCCAGAGGCUGUUUUUUCAGAUUUGUAUUCUUUCAGCAAUCCUGAGAAAAAUGUAACUUUUGAAGCAUGUGCCCCCUACCCUGUAUCUGAGAAGACCUUGCAGGAAGCUCACUCCCUGGUUUGCUUCUUAGUGUUCUAUAUUGUGCCCUUAGCUGUCAUUUCUGUCUACUACUUUCUUAUUGCCAGAACUUUAUAUAAAAGUACAUCCAACAUGCCAGCAGAAGAACACGGUCAUGCCCGUAAGCAGAUUGAAUCCCGCAAGAGAGUUGCAAAGACAGUGCUGGUGCUUGUGGCUCUGUUUGCCUUCUGCUGGUUGCCCAACCACAUCCUCUACCUGUACCGCUCUUUCACAUACCACACUUCUGUUGAUGCUUCCACCUUUCAUCUGAUAGCAACUAUUUUUUCCCGUGCCUUGGCCUUCAGCAAUUCCUGUGUCAAUCCUUUUGCUCUUUAUUGGCUGAGUAAAAGCUUCCGGCAACAUUUUAAAAAGCAAGUAUUAUGCUGCAAGUCAGCAUUCUGUGCAAAGCCUCCCAGUGCUCCCCAGAGCAGUUCUUUUACCAGAGCCCCGUCGAUCACGGGCAGCAUGCAUGGCUCAGAAAUCAGUGUUACACUGCUAACAGAUUAUAGCAUCACAAAAGAAGAGGAAAGUGUUUAGUCCGUGCGGGAUGAAGAAGGACAGAAACUGAAUCAUUGCAAUCAAGUCACUGCUACUGGCAUCCUGGAAAGGGGUGCCAUGGCUUGCCCUGUCUGUUAGAGUGUGUUCAUCAGGAGUUCCUCAUUUUUCAAACUAUAGAAUAAAGAAAUCAAACUGUGUGGGGGGAAGAAGCUGCAACAGUGGAACUUUCCAGCAUAAGCUCAAAAGGAUUACUCACGUUCCCAUGCAUGAAUACAGAUUCUUAGCCAAAAUUCCUGGACUGGGCAGGAGAGGACUUAGAUUUGGUGAAGAAUUGGCUGUAAGGACAGUUUUGUCAUUGGUGACUUGCUCAUUGAGUCAUGACUGAGAGCUGGUUCUGACAACUACUUGCAUCUACAGCAAGCAAGCAAAGCCACAUAAUCAAUCAGGCACAUUUUUGAUUAAUUUAUUUUCAUGUCCUGAAUGCUAAAAAUGGGUAAACACGUGAGAAGGAAUGCUAAAAUGAGAGAAGACAAAGGUUUGUAGCGCUGUGAAGUAAAAAAAGAAAAAGCAUUAUGGGCCAGAUCUACAGUAGUUGUUGCUCGUCAGUGACUUAGAAAUUCUGGAUAAGAGCUGACUGCUUUGUAGUGAGAUGGAUGUUCCUAAGGAAGUCAAGGGAACGAGCAGGUGAUCAUCACUCUGAGAAAUUUAUAAUCACCUUUAACCACACUGGUAAAAUUGUUUUUCAUAUAAGGGUAAAACAUCUCGAUAGUUCUUUAUCAUUACAAUGAUUUAACAUCAAGAAAUUGGGGUGGAACUGUAUUAAGAGUUCGAUUUGGGAUUUACAGUGCACUUCUAAAGUGCUCAAACAUCCCCUCCUGCCUUACUUUAUAUCCCAAAGUGGUCUUGAGUACACAACCUUGAUUGCUCUUAGAUGGAACUGUGUGUCCAAUCUAUCGAACCAGACUAGAGCGAGUUUGAAGUGAAAAAUGUACAGUGUGGAGAGUCAGACUGACCCUUUACCUGCACAGCUCCAUACCUGCUGUAUUGUAUGUGGUUGUAUCUAAGUGGUCUACACAUAUUCAAGCACACUGGGACAGUUGUUUUUUUUCACUAUACUAAUUUUGUAUUCUUCAAGUUGUAUCCCGUUUUAAUAUUAGGAUGGGCUGUCUUAAUGCCAUAGACCUUCUAAUAUCAAAUCCACUGAUUUUAUGACUUGGCUUGCAGACACAAACCAGGACAGCCUGUCCGUGCCCAGCAGCACUGCUGGCGGGGACUGCCUUCCCAUUAGGAAGUACAGGAAGCAAAUCUUCCUACCCCAUGUCACAAAAUACUUGCGUGACACUUAUUUUUAUGAACUUUGUGUUCCCUGAACCAAAAUUUUUGUUCUGUGGAAGCUGGUGAUAGAAAACACAAUUGAUUUUCCAUUGCUUAAACUGCAAUUUAAGCUUAAUUAAAUUGCUUAAACUGCAAUUUAAAUGCUUAAACAGAAUUUGCAACAUAUGAAUUAAAAUAAUUCUGUCAGUCACAGAAGCUUCAAUUUUAACUAACUCUUGAAGGUAUAGCCCCCCUUCACCUGCACAGAGCCCCUUAGCAACAUAUAGUUGGAAAUCCAUCUACUCAUGCACCAUUAACUAAGUUGACUAUAAAAUGAGAAAAUGUAUUUACAGACUCACUCUGUUGCCUGCUCUAAUCAGAAAAACAAGGCCAAACUAUAAAUCCCGGGGGCAUUGCAGUACAACCUCUGCUGUCUUCGUAAACCAGUUAAUGACAGACCAGUUUAAUCCCAUCAGACCUGGCCUUGUUUUACUACAGUGUUCAUGUUACAAGCUGCAAGGCUACAAGCACUAAUUUUGAAAUUGAUUCCUCCUUUUAUUGAACCAAUUUCAUACCAGGACAGGAUCACUAAAAUAAAUGGAAAUACAAUAACACAGAAAUACAAUUUAUGGCAUAAAAGACUCCAGAGACCUUAUUUUACUCUCUUUGUCUCAGUGUAAUACAUUGCCUGGUAGAGAGCUAUGCACAAAUAUUAGAAACAUGUUGCACUGCUAUUUUCUUCUUCUCUCUUUCCUUCAUGGAGCUGUAGGGUGAGACUGAAAUAAGUAGAGAAGCGUACAUACUAUGAACCUAUGUUUAUCUUCCUUGAUCUUACUACAGGGAAUUCUAAACAAAAGAAAUAUCCACCAACAAUACCAUUGCCUACAACAUUCUUUAUUCUAGCUUAGUAAUCCCUUUGGGAAACAGAUCUAUAUGUUUCUGGACUUCACAAUUUGUCUUUGUCAGAGAUCAAAUUUUCCACUGCAAAAUCUUUGGCUACACCUCACAGUAGCCCUUAAAACCCAGUUUCCUAAUUCAUUAUUUUUCUUCCUUCGCAUGCAGCUACUUUUCGUUUGUGUAACUACUCCUCUAACUGAAUUGUCAUUCUACUGCUAAUAUAUCCUGUUACAAAACUGAUGGUUUUGCUAUAUUCUGCACAUGUUCUGUUUAAAGACUGGCAAUAUUUCAAGCCACAAUUUAAUUAUUUUAUGUACUUUAUGCUUUGAUAAUUCUGUACUUUCAAAUCUUCAUGGCAAGAUGUAUUGGAAUGAUACAUGGGCCAACAUAUA